GUCUCUCCAUUGCCAUGGGAAGUAUACUACGUCAGAUUCCAUUGGCUGUGCUGUUUGGGGUUUUCCUGUAUAUGGGCGUGACAUCUUUGACUGGCAUUCAGUUAUAUGAAAGGCUCCUCCUGAUCUUCAUGCCAUCCAAGCAUCACCCUGAUCACAUUUAUGUUAUCAAGGUGAAGACUUGGCGAAUGAAUCUCUUCACAUGCAUCCAACUAGCCUGCCUUGUAUUGCUAUGGGUGGUAAAAUCCACAGUGGCAUCACUGGCUUUCCCAUUUGUCCUGAUCAUGACAGUUCCUCUACGGCGAUACCUGUUGCCACGUUUCUUCCACGAAAGAGAACUGAAAGCGAAGGCAGACUUAGGUGAUGUCUCUAAACUCCCAUUUUUAUUUUUAUUUUGCCAGUUUUGUCAGAGCCAGAACAUCGAGUAUUUGACAGGUCGGGUGUGGAUUGGCUUCUGGCUCAUUGUCUUCAUUAUCAUUAUUGUAGCUGCUGAAGGCAGCUUCUUGGUGCGCUACAUUACACCCUUCACCCAGGAGAUUUUUGCCUUCCUCAUCUCCCUCAUCUUCAUUUAUGAAACAUUCUACAAACUGUACAAGAUAUUUGCAGAACAUCCUUUGCUGCGAUUCUAUCCACCAAAUCUUCAAAGAAAUUUGAAUACUAGCAUAUUAUCUGCCGAUUCUACAGCCCUUGAUAUCCGAAUGCAACCCAACACAGCACUUCUAUCCCUCAUCCUCAUGUUGGGGACAUUUUUCAUUGCCUUUUUUAUGCGCAAGUUUAAGAACAGCCGUUUUUUGGGAGGAAAGGUCCGGAGAAUCAUUGGAGAUUUUGGAAUCCCUAUUUCCAUACUUGUCAUGGUUCUGGUAGACUAUACUAUUACCGAUACAUAUACACAG